GUUGGCCAAUUUUUGGCCUUCGUCUGUCAUGGCCGCGCGUCUCGGCGCUAUCGGGACUCGCGUCUGCGAAGAGAACGAAUACGAGAACUGCUGGCAGCUCAGCGGAAGCGGUGAAGCGGAAGAAGCAAUAGGAAGCUCGGGGCCGCGCGCAUUGACCUACUCACGACAUUGGGCGCACGUGGACUAUGCCAUCACUGCCGGCAUUAGCAAGCUCCUCAAGCAGUCCAGGCGAAAGCAGUCGGCGAGAAUCAGGAAAUGCAUGUGUCUACCGUCCAAUUACGCUCUCGUGGAGUUCCCCGUGGUCUGGUCCGAGCUCAGGGCUAACCAGCAGCUGUGUGACGGCGUCAUAAGAUGUCUGGAGGAUCAAGUCUUCCCAGUCCAUCGCGCUAUAUUAUCUGCGGUGAGCCCCUAUUUCAAGGCCCUUUUCACCAACAGCCUGAAAGGCGGCAAAACCGAGACCACGGAACUUGUUAUUUCCGUCCCCGGUGAAAUCUUCGGCCUGAUUCUUGACUACGCUUACACGGGCACCUGCAACGUAAACGCCGAUAAUGUUGAACAAUUAUUGCCGCUAGCCGAUCAGUUUGAGGUGCUCGGAAUCAUCCAACUCUGUUGUCAGUUUUUGUUGCAGGAGCUACGACCAGAAAAUUGUUUAGGUAUUUUCAAAUUUGCACGACACUACUUCUGCCACGAUCUUGAGAAACAGGGACGAAAGUACAUACGUCACCACUUCAAGCGAAUAUUGCAGGAGAGCGCGGAGUUCAAGGAUCUUCUUUGCGACGAGCUGGAAGCAAUAUUGCGCGAUGACGAGCUUAAUGUUAAAAACGAAGAAAUCGUGUUUGAUGCCGUCAAGACGUGGGUCGAAACCAGAGUCGAGGAGAGACGGGUUUAUUUACCGAGGUUGCUGGAAUGUAUACGUUAUGGUCUCAUGAGUCAUAAGUAUUUCAUUAAUAACAUCAUCAACUGGAAGCUCGUUGAGAAGGAUGAAGCGUGCCAACAAAUACUAUUUCCUGUAAACGCAUAUCUAACUGAACAAGAAUUGAAACAAAAUGGAGAAAUUGAUUUAAAAAAUCCUAUUGCGAGACCUCGUGUUCCGUACGAAAUUCUCUUUGCGAUCGGCGGAUGGAGUGCUGGUUCUCCCACCAGCUUUGUAGAAACUUACGACACAAGAGCUGACAGAUGGUUUCUAUCAGUGAACACGGAUGUAACGCCAAGGGCUUAUCACGGACUAUGUGUCUUGAACAAUCUUAUCUACAUGAUUGGCGGAUUUGAUGGUAACGAGCACUUUAACACGGUACGAUGUUUCGAUCCAACAACAAAAACGUGGCGGGAACGAGCUUGCAUGUAUCAUGCUAGGUGUUACGUCAGCGUUUGCACACACGGUGGCAAGAUUUAUGCUCUCGGCGGAUACAAUGGUCGCACAAGAAUGAGUUCUGGCGAACGGUACGAUCCACAGAGGAAUCAAUGGGAGAUGAUACCAUCCAUGCAUCGGCAACGAUCGGACGCGAGCGCGGCUGCCCUGCAUGAUAAGAUCUAUAUUGUUGGCGGCUUCAACGGCCAGGAAGUUCUCGACUCGGCGGAGGUCUUCGAUGUAGAGACUAGUCAGUGGACCAAUAUUGAUUCGAUGAUCAGCCCACGAUCCGGCGUCUCCUUAGUCGCUUUCCGCGAUAGUCUUUAUGCCCUUGGUGGAUUCAGCGGCGUUGCGAGGCUAAAUUCCGGGGAACGUUACACUCCAAAUCACUCAGAUCAAUGGCACGAAAUCUCGGAGAUGUUUAGCCCACGCAGCAAUUUCGCCACGGUGAUUCUCGACGAUAUGAUUUUCGUCAUCGGCGGUUACAAUGGAUCCAGUACAAUCGCGCACGUCGAGUGCUACGAUGCGGAUUACAAUGAAUGGUACGAUGCAUCCCCUAUGAAUCUUAGUCGCAGUGCACUCAGUGCCUGUGUGAUAGCGGGUUUAGCGAACGCGCGAGAAUACUCCUAUCUGGGCAAAGCACGAGAUCUCGGCCAAGGCCAGGCGACAUCGAAGAAUCAGGAAAAGUCCGAUCAACCUGGCGAAGGUUCCGCCGGGAUUAGUUCUAAUGUCAUAAUCUCAGCACAGGACGAUGAGCAGACGGAUGUAAGCGAGUCGAUGCACGUUGUUGGUCCUAUCGACGGUAUGGCCGACGGUAUCGGAAAUUUCUACGAAGAGGAAAACGGCAACGAUGAGAAGGAGAUGCAGAGCGAGCUGUUGUACGUUGUAAACGAGCUCGACUAAACGUCGUUAAAAAUUGAAGCGUCAGUUGGCACGAUGCUGUCGUCAUACUAUGACAAUACAAGUUUAUGAAUGUCGUUAAAAAUAAUAUUCUGUACAGCGCGCACACAUUUGAUCGAGUAGAUAUCUUUCCUGACUAACGAUACAAGAUUUGUAACAAAUUGAUCGCUGUUAUUAUUCAAAUAAAUAGUAACAUGUGAAACGAGAUAUUUUUAAAAAGAUACACGAAAUUGUAUCCAUGUUUUCAAUUAUUGUUGAUUACUAAAAAUUGUUUACUCGACAAAA